AUGGCCAAAAUUGAGUCACACCGCCCCAGAUGGAUCUGCAACAACCAGAAGUCCAUCAAGGCUGAAAAGUACAAGGUAAUUGUUGAUGCCCUAAACAGUGAUGCUGAGAUGCUACCUGGACGCCUCACCAUCCUGCCGCCGUCAAUUUAUGGCUCACCAUGGUGGUAUGCCAAGGAGUUCCAGGAUGCAAUGGCCUUGGUCAGAAUCAAGGGAAAACCUGAUUUCUUCUUGACCUUCACCUGCAACCCCAAGUGGCCAGAAAUCACAGGAUCGCUUUUUGAGAGUCAACCAGCCCAUCAGAGACCAGACAUCAUCGCUCGAGUGUUCAGCAUGAAAGUAGAAGCUCUCCUCACAGACCUCCUCAAGCACGACAUCUUGGGGCACGUGGGGGCCUACGUAAUGGUGAAGGAAACGCAAAAGCGCCACCUUCCACAUAUUCACAUGCUCCUGACCAUGGUACCUCGCGACAAACCCAGGACCUCGACAGAUAUUGAUCGCGUGGUCUCUGCCGAGAUACCUAACAGCAACACCAAUCCUGAACUUCAUCGUAUCGUCACAUCACACAUGAUUCACGGUCCGUGCGGGGAAUGGAACAAUGCUAGCCCCUGCAUGGCAGACCAGAAGUGUACAAAGCACUAUCCGAAGGUCCUGCGAGAAAAGACAAGCUUCUCUGAAGACAGCUAUUCUCUUUACAGGAGACGGGCAGAAACAGCUCCUGGAACUCCAAUCAUGAAGACAAUCAGAGGAGGCGUCAACGUAUCAGUCAACAACGCAUGGGUUGUGCCUUACAAUCCAUAUAUUCUACUCCGGUACAAUACCCACAUCAACCUUGAGAUCGUUUGUGCUAUCACCAGUGUGAAGUACCUGUACCAAUUCCUUGAAAAGGGACCAGAUCAGUGCCUGGUCAGACUAGACGUGCCAGAUGAGGAGACGCGACAGGCGUUGCGACGUGAUGGGGUCACGCAAUAUGAACUCGGGCGAUACAUCACUGCAUCUGAAGCAUACUGGCGCAUCUACGACUUCCCCAUUCAACGCAAGCAACCACCAGUACAAAUGUUGACAGUUCAUCUGGAGGAUGAACAGGUGAUCACGUUCAAUGACCAAGGCGCUGCCCACGACCUGGUGGACUCAGGGCCCCCUGCAACCACACUCACUGCCUUCUUCGAUGCCAUGAUUUAA